UGUUUUGAGAGGAACUAAAUCUUUUUUGAUUCUGCCUUCACGCUUCCUGAUUGCCAUAAACACGCUAAUAUUUCUAAUAUUCUGUUCUAGUUGUUAUUUUCUUUUAGUUAUUGUGUAUUGAUGUAUUGUUUAGAAACGGAUAGAGGAGGCACCUGAAGAACCCACAAUGCCUUAUUUUGGCUCAGAGGAGACGGUAAAAGAGCUCAAGCGAGCUUUGUCCAAUCCCCAUGUCCAAGCAGACCGCCUCCGGUACAAAAACUACAUCACCAAAGUCAUCAGGUACAUGACACAGGGUCUGGAUGUCUCUGCUUUAUUUAUGGACAUGGUGAAAGCCAGUGCCACAGUCGAUAUUGUUCAGAAGAAGCUGGUAUAUCUGUACAUGUGCACCUAUGCCAGUGACAAGCCAGACCUGGCACUACUGGCUAUCAACACCCUCCGUAAGGAUUGCGCUGAUCCCAAUCCCAUGGUGCGAGGGUUGGCCCUGAGGAACAUGUGCAACUUCAGAAUGCCAGGAAUGCCAGAGUACAUAGAGCAGCCCAUUGUUGCAGGUCUGCGAGACAAGGCCAGUUACGUGAGGAGAGUCGCUGUGCUUGGAUGUGCCAAAAUGCACAGUCUACAGCCCAACACGGACAUAGAUGGCAGUAUAGUGAACGAGCUGUAUGCUCUUCUGAGGGACCCGGAUCCUGUGGUUGUGGUGAACUGUCUUCGUGCCUUGGAGGAAAUUCUCAAAGAUGAGGGUGGUGUGGUUAUUAACAAACCCAUUGCUCAUCACCUUCUCAACAGGAUGAAGGACCUGGACAGUUGGGCUCAGAGUGAAGUCCUCACCUUCCUGCUACGCUACCGCCCUCGUAGCGAUGAUGAGUUGUUCGACAUCCUUAGUCUACUAGACUCCUUCCUACAAAGUGCUCAUGCACAUGUCGCAGUUGCUACGCUCCGCCUCUUCCUUCAUUUAGCCGCCGCCCACCCUGCUGUGCAGGCCGAUGCCCUCCUGCGCACAAGCGCCCCCCUGCUGGCUACGUGCGGUGCUGCAUCACGCGAACUUCGUUUUGCUGGGCUGAGUCAUGUUCAGCAGGUCAUGCGGAGUCAGCCAGGCCUUUUCGGCACACAUUACAAGCGUUUCUUUUGUGGUUACUCUGAACCGAGUUACAUUAAGUUUCGCAAGAUGGAGAUCCUGGUGGAGCUGGUGAACGAUGAAAACGUGGCUUUGGUUUUGGAGGAGCUGAGAAGUUACUGCACUGAUGUGUCUCCUGAGCUCGCCCAGGCAGCCAUUGCCGCUAUAGGUCGUAUUGCACGAACAUACAGUGAGAAGUGUCUGGAUAUCCUGACCGGACUGCUCGCAUUGAAACAAGAUCACAUCACGUCAGCCGUGAUUCAGACGUUCAGGGAUUUGGUGUGGUUCUGUCCUCAGAGUACUGCCGCUGUUUGUCAGACUGUUGAGGCCUGUGUUGACAGUCCUCAAGAUAGUGAGGGAAAGCAGGCUUUGUUAUGGCUUCUGGGAGAACAUGGUGAGCAGAUCAGUAGCGCCCCCUAUGUUAUGGAGGGCUACAUAGAUGGGCUAAAGACAGAGCUGUCCUCGGCAGUGAAGAUGGAGCUGCUGAGCGCCUCAGUGAAGAUGUUCCUGUGCCGUCCUGCUGAGACGCAAGACAUGCUGGGCCGUCUUUUACACUACUGUAUUGAGGAAGAGAGCGACAUGUGUGUGCGUGACCGGGCUUUGCUGUACUACAGACUUCUUCAGCGUGGAGUUGAAGAGACAAGGAAAGUUGUAACUGGACCCAAAUCUGAUCCGUCCAUGAGCGUACUCACCGGCCGGCAAGAGGAGCCCAUCAGUCUGUGGGCCUCUACCUUCAACACACUGGGUCCAUUGUCUGGAUGGGAUUUAUGCCUUCAAACUGCUGUCAUAUCAGCCUCUGAGCCAUCCGGCAGUGCAGAAAAUGAGCUGUUGCCAGGAAGUACAGAUGUAACCCUCUCCAGCCCAAAUGACACACAAGAGGAGAUCAGUCUAUCUCUGGGUCCUCCUCUAUCCCAUGAAAACUUUGAGAAAAUGUGGUUGGACUUGGAGAUUCUCCACAGGCAAACUCUGGGUUUCCCUCGACCCAAAACAGCUUCGGAUACUUUACAGGCUGCCUUACAGCUGGUGAAGAUCCAGACUCUGGCCUUCACGCCGGGCGACGCUGUGCCUUGGAAGGCCUACAUUUACACCAGGGGCACUGGGACCCUGAUCCUCGCUGAACUAUUGCAGGAAGUCCCAGAAGCUCCUGACAGCGAAGGAAGCUUGGUGGUAUCUGUCAAACAGCAGCCCGAAAACCAGCACACCAUUAGAGGUUUUGUUUUGAUACUCAAGAGUGUGUUACAGACUCUUAAUGUUGAUCCUUUAUGAAAUCUAUUGAACCGUUACUACUUUGAGAACAAUGUAUAGUAUACAGUACCUAAGCAGUACCUUCUACACAAAUCAUCUUAUGAUAUUUCUAAACAAACACAAAAAAAUACAAUAAAAUAGUAAUAUGCUGUUGAAAUCUA